CCUCAAAUGACUAAUAUUUGGGUGGGUCCCAACAAUUCACUUACUCUCCAACAUCUUACCACAUUAGAAAUAAUGAAAUGUGAAAAGUUGGAAGUAAUCUUUCCAAAGUCUGUUGUAAGAUUCUUACCAGAGUUGAAGCUUUUGAAGAUAAGGAAAUGCAAAAAAUUAAGAGAAAUAAUUGAAGGGGAUAGAAAUUUGUCUAAUAUUCUUUCUCCUCAACCAUGCUUCCCAAAACUAGAAGCAUUGCAUGUUGAUGAUUGUCACAAGUUGAAAAGAUUAUUCUCUGGAUCUGCUUCUAAUGACCUUCCCAAUCUUCAUCUUCUGGCCAUAAAUGGAGCCAAAGAACUAGAAGAGCUUGUUGGAUGUAAACAAGGAAAGAUUAAAGUUGAGCUUCCAAGACUCAAACUUUUAAUAUUUAUGCAUCUUUCAAACUUCCGUCAAGAGAUUGAAUUGCAUAAUGUAAAGAAUUGCAUUGUCUACAAAUGUCCAAAACUCUCUUUGACUUCAACAACUACAUUUGAGAAGCUCCUUGAAGAUUUUCCUUCUGAAGAUUUCGUAAACACUGAAGUUCCUAGUUGGGAAUUUGAAGCCAUAGUAAGAUUCAUAUACGACUAUUCAACUAUUAAUGAUAGCAGUGAGUUCACUUCAUCACAGGUCAGAACCAACCAAUCUAUGAAUAUGAAUAUAAAAUAAAAUAAAAUAAAUUUUAUAGCCGAUAAUGUCUCAUUAUUAGAAUAACAUUUUUCAAUUUAACGUACUAAAUUUGAUCUCCUUUUU